GACACUUUCCUUCCUCACGUUGAGUGUGGGACGGUGACCCUGAUAGGAGCAACCACAGAAAACCCUUCCUUCCAAGUCAACGCUGCUCUUCUGAGCCGAUGCCGGGUGAUAGUCCUGGAGAAACUCUCGGUUGAAGCAAUGGAGGCGAUUCUGAUGCGGGCUGUCAGGUCCUUAGGGGUCCAGGUUUUGGGCCAGGGUGACCAGCACGGCAGCUCUGCAACUGGCAGCAGCAGCGAGAGCUCAGAAUUCCCAGUGUACAUAGAGGAAAAAGCUCUAAAUACCCUGGCCUACCUUUGUGACGGUGACGCAAGGACUGGACUGAAUGGACUACAGUUAGCAGUUCAGGCCAGAUUAGCAGUGGGGAAGACCACUCCUUUGAAUAUUACCAAAGGUGGUUCUGCAGAUGGCAUUCUGAUAACAGAAGAACAUGUAAAGGAAGGGCUACAGCGAUCUCACAUCUUGUAUGACAGAGCAGGAGAAGAACAUUACAAUUGCAUCUCUGCCCUGCAUAAGUCUAUGAGAGGCUCCGAUGAAAACGCUUCCCUUUACUGGCUUACACGAAUGCUUGAAGGUGGUGAGGAUCCACUCUAUGUGGCAAGGAGGCUGGUGAGGUUUGCAAGUGAAGAUAUAGGGCUGGCAGAUCCUCUGGCUUUAACACAAGCAGUUGCUGCUUAUCAAGGUUGUCACUUUAUUGGAAUGCCAGAAUGUGAGGUCAUUCUUGCACAAUGUGUAGUGUACUUUGCCAGAGCACCAAAGUCUAUAGAGGUAUAUAGAGCAUAUGGCAAUGUCAAAGAAUGUCUGAGAACGCACAUGGGACCUCUGCCACCUGUUCCACUGCACCUGAGAAAUGCCCCAACAAGGCUCAUGAAGAACUUAGGUUAUGGUAAAGGGUAUAAAUAUAACCCCAUGUACAAGGAGCCUGUAGAGCAGGACUAUCUACCAGAAGAGUUGAAAGGAACAGACUUCUUUAAGGAACGAAAAACAUGACCACCUUGUUCAGACUGGUUUCUGAUUUUAUGACUCAUGUUUGUACUGUAAUGGAAAUUCCUCUUACGGUUUCAGCCAUCCAUUACUGUGGU